UUGAAAGUUUGAGCUGUUCAGAUAAAGAAAAAAAAACAUUAUCAAGUUAAUGUGCGUAUAUUAAAGUUAAGUCGAGUCUUCCACACGAGUAUGUUCAAAGACUAUAAUUGGCUAAAGUUGAUCAACUCAAGUUAACGUUAGGAUUGCUAACAAGAAUAGUAACGAUAGUCAGCUGGUGGUGUUAGCUAACGUUAGCUAGCUCGCUACAAGUUGUUUACUUUCUGUAGUCUGUAAGGAUGGCGGACAGAAAUCUUGUGCGGGAGUUGAAACGUUGGGCGACAGAGGAAUUCAGUUUGCCCCCGGACAGCCUGCCAAAUGACAGCUAUAUUAAAACGCUCUGUAUUGGGUCAGGGAAGUCAAUAUGGAAAUAUAUUAUCCAACACGUGUUUCAACAAAGGAAUGUGAAGAUCAUACGUGGCAAUCUCCAGUGGUACAAAGUUAUUCAAGACAAAGAGUUGAAGCAGGCCGAGGGCCAGAGUGAGGCUGCAAAGCAGAGAGAGCUUCAGAGGAAGAUCGAGCAGCUGCGAGCUGAGAUCAGUCACCUGGACUCUCAGAUCACUGGAACAGAGGAACAGUUGGCUACACAAGAGCAGUCCAUCAGCUGCACCUGGGCCCAGGUGGAGGACAGUCGGCGAAGAGAGUUGCUCUUACAGGCCUUCAGGCAGCACUGCAUCUUGGGCCGCAAGGUGCUCUCUGAUGACAAGCAAAGGAUUAGUGGACACUGCCAGGCACUGGAACAAAUGGCCAAGAAAGCAGAGAUUGAAGUGCUGUUUGAUAAUAAGCCCUCUGGCAGCAGUGAUGGUGACAACCUCAACUCUAAAGUCGCAGCAGAGGCACAGGUCUUGCGUGAUGUGAGAGAGCUGUGUCACGACAGGGUCCACUUCUAUCAGUCUUUACAAGAGAGUGAGCUGAAAAUGUCGCACUCAGCAGCCAAACAUAUGAGUCGUGAACAAAGGACUGCUGUGUUUCAGUACUGGCUGAGUGCUGUGGAGAACCUGUUGGGCAAUUAUCCUCCAAACCAUGUCCUCUCAGCAUUGGAAUAUUUAGCUUCCAAAGAGCAGAAGGAGCUAGAGGAGAAACUUGCCUGUCUGGAUGUGACACGGGAUGUGACAGCUCUACGAUUUCGCUAUGAAAGCAAUCACCUACUGGACAUGUCAGCAGAAGAGGAUGAUGACUUGCCAUCGGUUAAGAGCCUCUUAGAGGAUGCUUGGGAAGAGGUGGCGCAGAGUUUGGUGGAACUGGCCCAGACCCGCUCCAGGGUUCAGCAGCUCCAAGACCAGCUCCAGGCCCGCAAGAAGGAGGCUGAGCAGGAGGUGUCCGGUAUUGCAGAUGAGCUCCACAACGACAGCUUGGCACUGUCAGCUCUAGAGUUGGAGCUUCAGUGUGUGAUGCAGGCAGCAGCUAGGGAUCAUAUCAGAGACCGAUGUAUCCAACUUGACCAGCAUGCCAGAAGCCGACAGGAGGCUCUUAGGAACCUCCGCAGCCAGUGGCAGAGCAUCCUUGACUUCAGACAACUAGUGGUUCUCAGACAGGAGCAUAUCAGAGGUCUGAUUAAGGGGAACUCCACAGCAAAGACAGAGCUAAUUCAUCUGCACACAGAGUUGCAGGAAUUUGUUCAGGACAAACUGGUGCCACAGUUUGAAGUUGUCACCACUGCAGCCGGCAGUCAAAGGAACUCCAUUUCCAAGGAGGCCAGACAGUUGGGAACGGUUUCACUUCCUGCCCUGGACCGUAGGACUGUUGAGGGAAUACAAAGAAUCCCUGCAUCGGGGCUGUCCAUCCAUCGUUUACAGUCCCCAACCUUCAGCAGCUUGUGUCAGAGCCUGGCAUUCCCUCUGUACAGGGCUCCAGAGGAGUUGUGUUCCCAGGCGCGCUCCCAGCAGCUUGAGUUGCGUUUUCUCCGUCAGUUACUGCAACUUCACUCUGCUACUGUGCAGAAACUACAGAAGGAAGCAGAGUUGCUGCAUGCACCAGAUCAAAAAGCUCUGCUGUCCAGAGUCACGGAGGAGGAUCAGAAGCUUCUGGAGGCUCUGAUACCGAGAGUCAGAGGCCUCACCCAGCGUAGCGCCCAAGGCCUUUCCUAUGGGGUCCAAGUCAAAACUGCCAUCUCUUACUGGUGGGAUCGGCCAGCCCAGCACGUCCUGCCUGAUGUCAGUAAAGGAGGAAUGACUUUUCAACAGUGGCUGCAGAGGUGGAAACUUGCUGCCAAAGCCUCUUAAGGGAUGCCAUAUCAUUAAUAAAAUAAAUAUAUAUACACACAAUAUUAAGGAGAUUGUUUACAGCAGUGGUUCUCAACUAGGGGUUGAUCCUGGUGAUCCCCAGAAAAAUGGAGAUAAGUUUAUUUUCACCAUCUAAUUUGCUAUAUAAGUAAGCCCAUUGUGAGUAAGUGACAUAAGGGUGAUUAUUCUGAUCAUAGGUUUCACUUCUUGGAGGGUUAUCUCCCCAACUAUAGUUGGCAACUAUUCAGUCCCGUCUGCAUUUUGCAGGUUGUUUUUGGGAUUGUUGCGGCCUGAAAUACCUGAUUUCACUGCACCUUUUUUAAAAAACCAAAGCAGCCCUGAAGGAUCAUUUCUGUAAACAGCUCUCCUUCUGCCCUCUGCACGGUAAGCGCGAACUAACAAAGCAAAACGAGAUCUCAUCCCUACCUGCCAUAUUUUGCCACUUGGGCAGCGUGCCCCGCAGCAGCAGGUAACAUUCUACACCGAGCCAUUCACACCACCACUGAAACAGCUUGACUCUGUUGUUAAACCUGAUAACUGGGACGUAGCAGUAGCCGUGUAACAGCUAUCAGUUGGCUCUGUCACUCAGUAUGUUUACAUGCACAGUUAAGUUGAAUUACGGUUAUAGCUCAAUUGGGCCAUUUAAUUGAUGUGGGGGGAGGAUGAGUGAAUCAAUAUUCUGCUUUAAGAAAGUAAUGAGAUUUUACCACUUUUAAAUAGUAAAAUUUGUGAUGGAGUUGCACUGAUAGGAGAAAAUUUUGCUGUCACAGAAUUCAUGGGGGUUGGCUGAAUUUGAGUUCAUUUUUCAGAUGGAAGUCCCUAAAGUUAAAUCUUAUAAAAUAGUGUUACUAAAAGUGUAUCAUUUAGGGGUCCUUCACACUGACGAGGUUGAGAACCACUGCUUUACAGAACCUUUCAUUUGCAAAAUGACCAUGCUACAAUAGUGAGAAAGUGCACGUUUUUUUGUAAUCCCCUUGAUGUUUUACCAUGUAAAAGUCAGUCACUAAUAAAUACAUUUAAAUCCAAA